AUGGAAACCUUCUACAAUGGGCUCAAUGCUUCAACUAGAGCCAUGGUGGACGCCUCAGCGAAUCGAGCCUUACUUGUCAAGACGUACAACGAGGCUUAUGAAAUUCUGGAAAGAAUGUCCAACAACAAUUACCAGUGGCCCACCGAAAGAGUUUUUGCAGGGAGACGAGUGGCAGGAAUUCAUGAAGUAGAUGCGGUGACUGCGUUGACUGCUCAAGUUUCUUCUCUUUCCAAUAUUUUGAAGUCUCUAAAUGUGGCUGCUCCAGCUAAUGCAGCAACCCCAGUUGCAUUAACUUGUGUCUACUGUGGAGCUGAGCACUCAUUUGAAAAUUGCCCAUCCAACCCCGAGUCGGUUUGCUAUGUGAACAACUUUAACCGGAAUAACAACCCUUAUUCCAACUCAUAUAACCAGGGGUGGAAGCAACAUCCGAAUUUUUCUUGGUCGAAUCAAGAAGCUAAUCCGAUGCCAGGACCUAGCAAACCAGCAUAUCCACCAGGAUUUCAUCAACAUCAACAUCAAAGACAGCCACCUCAAGAGCAAUCAAAUCAGAGGCAGCCACAUCAAGCGUCAUCAACCCCUAUGGAGGCAUUACUUAAAGAGUACAUGGCAAGGAAUGACUCGCUCAUUCCGGGUCAAGCUGCUCUCCUCCAGAGUCAAGCUGCAUCGUUGAGGACCUUGGAAAAUCAAGUGGGGCAGUUGGCUAAUGUUCUCAGUAAUAGACCCCAAGGAUCGCUUCCGAGCGAUACGAAAAACCCAAGAAGAGAUGGUAAGGAACAUUGUAAGGAGCAUUGUAAAGCUAUCACACUUCAGAAUGGUAGAGAAAUUGAACAACUAACUCGACAGACUGCAGCAACAGAGCACUCUUCGAUCCAAACCCAGGAAGUCCAGCAACCACCAGCUGAAUCAGAACAGGAUGUGGUCGACCAGGAUGCUACAGCAAAGCUGAAGCAAAACAAACCAGAGAGACCUCCACCCCCAUUUCCACAGAGAUUUCAGAAUCAAAAACAAGAUAAGCAAUUCAGGAGAUUCCUUGACGUGCUGAAACAGCUUCAUAUCAACAUUCCACUCGUGGAGGCAUUGGAGCAAAUGCCGAGUUACGUUAAGUUCAUGAAGGAUAUCCUCACAAAGAAACGAAGGCUAGGUGAAUUUGAGACGGUGGCACUAACCGAAGAAUGCAGUGCAAUCUUGAAGAAUCGGCUGCCACCCAAGUUGAAGGAUCCUGGUAGCUUCACCAUACCAUGCUCCAUUGGAGAUCAAUACAUCGGAAAAGCUUUGUGCGACUUGGGGGCGAGCAUUAAUCUAAUGCCAAUGUCCAUUUUCAGAAAGCUGGGAAUAGGUGAAGUGAGCCCCACCACUGUUACGUUGCAGCUAGCCGACAGGUCUUAUGCUCACCCAGAGGGAAAAAUAGAAGACGUCCUAGUACGGGUGGACAAAUUUAUAUUUCCAGCCGACUUCAUCGUGUUGGACUAUGAAGCGGAUAAGGAGGUACCGAUUAUCUUGGGGAGACCCUUCUUAGCUACAGGCAAGACGUUGAUAGAUGUUCAAAAAGGAGAGUUGACAAUGAGGGUCCACGAUCAACAAGUCACUUUCAAUGUGUUCAAAGCGAUGCGUUUCACUGAUGAGGUGGAGGAAUGUUCAGCAAUGAACGUUUUGGAUUCAUUAGUGGCAGCAGAGUUUGAAAAGACAUGUGCUGAGAAAUUGAUGACAGAGGAGGACCUGAUUGAUUCGGAGAUUAAUGAGGACAACAAUGAUAAACAAGUAUCAAGGUUGGAGGGUAGGCAUGCAGCAACAAAGUCUAGGAGGCAUUUCGAGUCGUUGGACUUGUCAACAGAGCCUUUAAGGCAGCAUAAGCCCUCAGUGGAAGAGCCCCCCAUUUUGGAACUAAGACCCUUACCGGCACACUUAAGGUACGCUUAUUUGGGUGAUUCCGAUACUCUUCCUGUAAUUAUUGCCUCUGGAUUAAAUGACAUGCAGGAAAUACAACUACUCGAGGUGUUAAAAAAGUUCAAACGUGCAAUUGGGUGGACCAUCGCUGAUAUAAAAGGAAUCAGCCCAUCAAUCUGCAUGCAUAAAAUUUUGCUACAGGAAUGCUGCAGCAAUUCAGUAGAGCAGCAGAGAAGGUUGAAUCCGAUCAUGAAGGAGGUAGUGAAGAAAGAGGUAAUUGGAUUCAUCAGUGGCAGCAGAGUUUGA